AUGACUGAUGCUUAUUGCACACUAUCCCUAUGUCUGCUCAUUUUUGCUCAUCCAAAUCAGUUGCCAUCCGGUCUUCUUUACAGUGAUGGUUCAUUGCCUGCCUGCAUUUUGGGAGCUCGAACUGUGGCUGCAAAGCAUUCUGCUUGUAUGUUCUUGGUUCCACCGACAGCUAUUGUUCAUGCUUUGACGGCCUUAUGCGAUUCCAGUUCAGAGUCCCUUAAAUCCAAUCGUUCAGAAAAUUACACGCCAUCCAUGCUGCACAUGAACGAUUACCUUGAAGAAAGCUAA